GAUAUCACCAAUGGUUAGCAAAACUGAAGGAAAUGGAGUAGAAAACGACGACACAGGAAAUAAUGAUGAGAACACUUCGAUAAAGGAUGAAAGAACUUGUUGCUGGGGAUUGGUAAAAAGGAGAACUCUUCUUGUGAUUUGGGGAACAAUAACUGUGACACUUACAAACUUUGGAUAUUUCACAGGAGGGUUCUAUGCCUUUAACUACUACCAAACUGAAUAUUUCGAGGAACAGCGAAACAACUCAAUCAUACUGCUAGCUGAGCGAGAACUGUUGUUUUCCAAAUACCCGAUUCUACAAAACUCCUCAAACCUAGUGACAUACAACAGGGCAGCAGAACUUCUCUGUCACAUCACCAAAUAUCCCAGAAAAAGGUGGUCUUUCUGGGCUGCGUUUGACUUCUGUGUUUCUGUCGUUACUACUGUGGGUUAUGGAGUGUUACAUCCUACAACUUGGUACAGUAAGGUAGCUUGCUGCCUUUAUGCCAUGGCAGGACUUCCUCUUUACAUUCUCAUGCUAGGAGCAUCAGGAAAAUUCAUUGUGAGCAUGUUUGAGAAAAUGAACGAAAAAAGCAGUUUUGUGAAAGUAGUUUGCCAACACAGAUACACCGAACUUAUAAUCGCCUACAUUAACAUUGCAAUCAUCAUGGCCCUUUUCCUUCUGGGUUAUUCUUAUUUCGGAUUUUCCUCAUCUCGUAUGGGCGAAAUCUUUAGAAAUACGAGUGCGAUAUCACUAGCUGGCCAUGGAUACGUUGACACACAGAAUGAGAUCUCAGUCUAUGGUCAAAAUUGGUCACUCUUCCAGAGUGUCUAUUACUCUAUGAUAUCUUUGACUACAGUUGGAUUUGGAGAUUAUUAUCUUGGACGACCAGAUGAUCCGCGACAGGCAGCAAUGCUGUUUGCAUCAGUGACUUUUGGUUUCGCGCUCUUCUCCUACGCAUUCCAAACAUAUGCAAAACUAUCGGAGGAAACAAUGAAAUAUUUGCACGAGAAAACUGAAGCUGCAACAAAAUUGGCUGCUAAUGCUGCAAUGGGUGAACUGGGAGACUUGACUGAUAAACUUUCUGUCCCAGGAAUAAUGGGGGACUUGACUGAUAAGCUUUCAGUUACGAAAAUAAUGCCGAAGAAAAUUUCAAUCGCUGGAUUUUACUCACCUAAGUCAACCGAUGUGAGCACUGCAGUAGAAACUGAAAUAUAGUUCAUUAUUCAAACGUUCUUUUUAAUGUGAAGGCAGGACCCCUAAUUUUAUAGAACUUUCUUCGUUUAAUAUUCUGAUUACCUUACUUAUGCCCAAAUUUAAAGACCCUUUUAAGCAUGUUUAAAUUAUGUAUUAGACGGGAUAUGAAAAGUGAGAAUACCCUGUUUCGUUUCAUUUAAUUGUAAUUCGUUUUCUUUAAUUGUGUAGUCGUGGUUCAAUGAUUGUGUAGUCGUGUUUUAACGAUGGCUAAUUCAAAGAAAUUAAUUUCCGUGCAAUUACUAUUAAUACAAAUCGACCUCUUGCAAGGCAGAGAAAAUGAGCGAGAUUGCUAAAGCCUUCCCACAAUUUAUGUAUUUAUUUAUUUAAUUGGCGCAAGUUCCAACACAUUCAUUUUACAUGAUUGUGAUUAAAUAUUUCAAUCAUUCCAUUGUCGUACUGAUCAAUCUAUUACCAUAAUUUACCGCUCCAUUGAAUUUAAGUUUUAUUUGUGAGAGUGGUCUCUGAUAAGUCAGUUUUCUUAAUUUUCUACGGUGGUUGGCUCUGAAAAACCGUAAGUUCAUGAUAACACCUGGUUUUUUUUUCUGUAGAAAGAGAUGUGAAAUUAGCAUGUUUACCGAUUAUGUCAGUGCAAUAUCAAGAACAAUCAUUACUGCUUUCUCUUUGCCUAUGUCGUUUACACAACUUCAAUACUUGAAUGACGUUCAGUAAGUUUAGUGCAUUUGUUUGUAACAUACACCACGUGACUAGGGAUUCUAAAAAUGAGUUGCUGCAUUCGUUGGAGUAAUGUUUUUUGCCACAU